GUGGCCGUCGCAAGUUUAUAUAGCCCACACACGCCGCUGAGCAACUCCUCUGUAUCUCCGCUGCCACUGCCACAGGGGUUGGGAUCGAGAGAGGAACACGUACACACAGCGCCAUGGGUAGCCCGCUGGAGAGCAACGGCAAGCAGCUGGAGAGCCCGCUGCUGACCUCGCUGCAGCCGGCGUCGGCCGGCAGCGGCAGCGACGACGGGCACGGGCACGGGGCGGCCAAGCAGCUGGAGAGCAUCCUGAACGACGAGUCGGUGCCCUGGGGCCGGAGGAUGAGCGCGGCCACGGUGGUGGAGAUGCGGAUGCUGCUGCGCCUCGCGGCGCCCGCCGUGCUGGUGUACAUGAUCAACUACCUCAUGUCCAUGUCCACGCAGAUCUUCUCCGGCCACCUCGGCACGCUCGAGCUCGCCGCCGCCUCCCUCGGCAACACCGGCAUCCAGGUCUUCGCAUACGGCCUCAUGCUUGGCAUGGGAAGCGCGGUGGAGACCCUGUGCGGGCAGGCGUACGGCGCCAACAAGUUCGACAUGCUGGGCGUCUACAUGCAGCGCUCCACCGUCCUGCUCAUGGCCACCGGCGUCCCGCUGGCCGUCCUCUACGUCUUCUCUCGGCCCCUCCUCAUCCUCCUCGGCGAAUCGCCGGAGAUCGCCCGAGCCGCGGCCAUCUUCGUCUACGGCCUCAUCCCGCAGAUCUUCGCCUACGCGGCCAACUUCCCCAUCCAGAAGUUCCUGCAGUCGCAGAGCAUCAUGGCGCCCAGCGCCUACAUCUCCGCCGCCACGCUCGCCGUCCACCUCGUCCUCAGCUAUCUCGUCGUCUACAAGUUCGGGCUGGGACUCUUGGGUGCCUCGCUCAUGCUCAGCGUCAGCUGGUGGAUCAUCGUCAUCGCGCAGUUCAUCUACAUCGUCACCAGCAGCCGGUGCCGCCUCACGUGGACCGGCUUCUCCCUGCAGGCCUUCUCCGGCCUGCCAGAGUUCUUCAAGCUCUCCCUUGCCUCCGCGGUCAUGCUCUGCCUCGAGACCUGGUACUUUCAGAUACUAGUGCUCAUUGCUGGCCUCCUCAAGGACCCCGAAAUGGCCCUCGCCUCCCUCUCAGUCUGCAUGACCAUUUCAGGGUGGGUGUUCAUGAUUUCGGUUGGAUUCAACGCAGCUGCCAGCGUGCGGGUGAGCAAUGAGCUUGGCGCCGGAAACCCCAAGUCCGCGGCCUUCUCCGUGGUGGUAGUGACGUUGCUGUCCUUCGCCCUGUCGGUGGUGAUCUCGGUGGUCAUUCUGCUCUGCCGUGACUACAUCAGCUACAUCUACACCGGCGGCGAGGACGUGGCGGCGGCGGUGUCCAAGCUCACGCCGCUGCUGGCGCUCACACUCAUCCUCAACGGCAUCCAGCCGGUUCUGUCAGGGGUGGCCGUGGGCUGUGGAUGGCAAGCGUUCGUCGCCUACGUCAACGUCGGCUGCUACUACGUCGUUGGCAUCCCGCUUGGCUGCCUCCUCGGCUUCUACUUCGACCUUGGCGCCGCCGGCAUAUGGAGCGGGAUGAUUGGAGGUACCUUGAUGCAGACUCUGAUCCUGCUGUGGGUUACCUUCAGAACAGACUGGAACAAAGAGGUGGCCCAAUCUAUGAAACGAUUGAACAAGUGGGAAGGCAAGAAACCUCUGUUGGCAGGCCAGGAAUGAAACAAGGAUAAGAAUGGUAGCAGGUCGAUCUUCCUAAAAUGUGUAAAAUGCGAUGUUGAUCGCAAUUCAAUAUUGAAAUCCCGUAUUCUGUAUUAUUGAGAAACAUUUUUUUCUCGACAACAGUGGCUCACGGCCUAUUAUUCAGUUGGAUUCAGUAGUAGGCAGUAGUGGGCUGCAAGACCAACCCAACAUGCCGCCGUCUGUAUGCCGUUUUUGUCCUUGCUCGCAUAGCAUGAUGCAGAGAUUAAUUUUUGUACUAUACUGAAA